CGUCCUCUUUCCGGCGGAGACUGCGGGUGGAGACGGAGUUUUACCAGCCAGGACGCUGAAAUCUGCCGAGGCUUUGACCCAUAAUUUGCAGCCUAUGAAAAUGGAUCAUGUCUUGGCUGAAAAUGUGGCAGAGGACACAGAGCAGUACAGUGAUAUGGAUGAGCAGGUUUCUGAGGAGGAAGACGUUGUGGAGUAUCAAUCAGAAGACACAGAUGCGCCUGAUCAGUCUGAGGAGGUCAUCACCGGUGCCGAAGCUGCUCCCGCAGUCAAAUCCGAAAUUGGCAACAUCUGUUGGAGCUCAGUACCUCCUGAUGUACAUGGCAGGACAGCUGCUGAAAAAAUCAAGAAGAUCCCCGGGAUCACAAGGUUUGCUUUGACGAGAGUAAGUGACAUCAAGACUUGUUUUGAUCUGUUUAUGCCAUUGUCGCUAAAAAAAGUAAUCAUGGCUAUGACAAACCUGGAAGGGAAAAAAGUCUAUGGCGACAUGUGGCAUGACAUUGAUGAGGAACACCUGGAUGCUUAUUUUGGUGUUGUUCUUCUUCUUGGAGUGUACAGAUCCAGCAAUGAGGCCACUGAAAGUCUCUGGGACACGUCGACAGGCAGAAAUAUUUUCAGGGCAACAAUGUCACUUCAGACCUUUCAAAUGAUAACGAGAGUCCUCAGAUUUCACAACAGAGACACUAAAGCAAAAUCUGACAAGCUUGCUCCCAUAAGGGAUGUCUGGGAGGGAUGGGUGAAGCGCCUUUCACUGAUGUUCAACCCUGGGCCAGAGGUAACAGUAGAUGAACGUUUUGUCCCUUUCCGUGGAAGAUGCCCCUUCCGGCAAUACAUGCCCAGUAAACCAGGCAAAUAUGGUAUAAAAAUCUGGGCAGUCUGUGAUGCAAAAACCAGCUUUGCAUGGAAUCUACAGAUUUACACAGGCAAACCUGCGAGUGGCAUCCCUGAGAAGAACCAAGGAAAACGUGUAGUCCUGGAUAUGACUUUUGGACUGCGGGGUCAUAAUAUCACGUGUGCCAAUUUUUUUACCAGCUAUGACCUUGGACAAGAGCUUCUCAGGAGGAAACUUACCAUGGUGGGCACAAUAAGAAAAAAUAAACCUGAGCUGCCCAUUGAAAUUUUGCAGGUGAAGGACAGGGCUCCACUUUCUUCAAAAUUUGCUUUUACAGACACCACCACUAUUGUUUCAUAUUGUCCAAAAAAAAACCAGAAUGUGAUACUUAUGUCCACUUUUCACAAAGGCACAGCUGUGUCAUCAGGAAGUGACAAAAAGCCCAUAAUUAUCCUGGACUAUAAUAAAAACAAAGGAGGAGUGGACAACCUGGACAAGCUGACUGCCACCUACACUUGCCAGCGAAUGACCAGGAGAUGGCCAAUGGUUGUGUUUUAUAAUAUCCUGGAUGUGUCUGCAUACAAUGCAUUUGUGUUGUGGACCCACAUCCACCUAGGGUGGAACUCAACCAAAAAACACAAGCGGAGACUGUUUCUUGAGGAGCUAGGAAAUUGUCUGGUCAAGGCGCACAUACAGCGAAGGGAACGGGUCCCCCGAGACCCGGCUGCCGCAGCCCUGGUCAGACAGCUGCAGAGCUCACCCAGCGCGCCGUCAGCAAGACGAAGAGUGUCAGCGGCAGUAUCCUCCUCAGCCAGCCCUGCCUCAGAGUCAACCAGCACAGCCGAAGCCACAGCCUCACUGAGGCCACCAGAUUCUAAAAGGAAGAGGUGUCAGGUCUGCCCUAGCAAUAAGGACAGAAAGACAAACACAUCGUGCUUCCACUGCAGAAAAUAUCUUUGUAAAGAACACACUGAAAGUGUCUCUUUUUGCCCGACGUGCAUCUAAACACACACUCACAUGCAUGUUCUUGCACAGGUUUUUUUUUUUUUUUUUUUUUUUUUUUGAAAGUAUCACUUGAUUUCUAUUGGUUUCAUUUGCUUUAGUGAUUGUUUGACCUUGCAAAUCCUCCUUUUUGUAUUAUUAAGUUUCUUCUGUUUUGUGUUCGUAUUAACCAUGCUGUCGUGUUAGGGUCGGUACCGACUCAUUUUGUAAGUUUAAAAAUCAUGAAAGCACCACAUAAGUUUGUGUACUGUAUCAAGGCUUUUUGACUUUGUCAAGAACUUCUCUGUAAACAAUUUUUUUCCCACCAGCAAGGCAUGCCCAGACAUGUAAAGCAAGAUGAGACCAAUUCAGUUUAAGAAUUCUCUUGAGGUUUAUUUUACAAUUUUUUAAAAUUGAAAACGAGAAGUAUGCUGUCAAAAGAGAGGUCCAGAAAGCCACACCAAAAAUAUUAAAACCAAUCUUUUAAUGGAUAAGGAAGCCUAACAAGGUAACCAAGAGAUAAGAAACUAAUUGGAUGAUAAAUUGUUUUGAGGGUAUUUAUAUGGCUUAUUUAAGACACGGGUCAGCACCGACGCAUUUAACAUAAGAGAUAGGAACAGAAAGCUAACAUAGGACAAAGGUACCAAGUGAGUGACUUGUCCUUUUGGGAGGAGUGAAUGAUGCUGUUGUAACUAUACCAUGUUCGUAUGCUUUAGUAAUAGAUCUUUGAGUAGCGGCAUUGACUUGCGUCCGUGUUGCCCAUAAGGGAAACUUUAAUUACAAGGGGAUUAAGGAACAAUUCUCCCACAUUUUCUUAGAGAUCAAGUAGUAACUGGAAAUACAUUUUUACAGUAUUCUCAUGUGGAUUGCACAUGAUUAUCUCUGCAUGAUGGCAGCCAAUGGAAGUAUACUCUUAUUAAAGGUCAAAUUACUGCUAAUUUGA